AUGCCUUGGGCUGAAGAAGCAAGGCUAGUCGAAUGGAUCAAAUGGGUCGAAUGGAUCAAAUGGACACGGUUUGUUUCCAUUCGACUAAGACUUGUCGAAUGGUCAAAUGGUGACCAAGGAUGCAUUGGGCUGAAGAAGGCAAAGGUAGUCGAAUGGAUCAAAUGGGUCGAAUGGAUCAAAUGGACACG